ACAGAUGUCUAUGUGUGUGUUUCUGUUACCAAUUGGAUCAGAUUCUUCUUCCUCUCUUGAACAACAACACAAACUUUUCUCCUUCCUUUCUUCUUUUAUCUUUACCACUUUCACAUAUUCUCUCUAGAGCAAACCAAGAUGACUCGCUCCUCUAGAUUCCUCGGAUCCGCGGCGGCGCCACCGCCGCCGGAAGAAAUCCUCGCCGCGGAAACCGACAUGGUCGUGAUCCUCUCGGCUCUUCUCUGCGCUCUCAUAUGCGUAGCCGGCUUAGCCGCCGUAGCUCGCUGCGCCUGUCUCCGUCGUCUCGUCGGUGUUAAUUCCUCCGCCGUAGGAGAAUCUCCGCCGCCGAACAAAGGCCUCAAGAAAAAAGCGCUCCAGUCCCUCCCUAAAUCCACCUUCACCGCUGCAGCAGACUCUCCGAGCUCAUCCGCCGGAGAUGGAGACUCGUCCACCGAGUGCGCCAUAUGCUUGACGGAGUUUACGGACGGAGAAGAGAUCAGGAUACUACCGCUAUGUAACCACGCCUUCCACUUGGCGUGCAUAGACAAAUGGUUGACGUCUCGGUCGUCGUGUCCUUCUUGCCGUCGGAUUUUGGCUCCGGUGAAGUGUGAUCGGUGUGGACACCACGCUUCCACGGCUGAGAGUCAGAUCAAAGAUCAGGCUCCUCCUCAUCAACAUCCUUCGCAGUUCACUUCCGCCAUUGUUCCUGCUUUUCUUCCUUAAAAACUUUUUUUACUUUAUUUUUCGGCAUAAUUAAGGAGAAAGUAAAAUAUUAAUUAACUAGGAAUUAGGAAUCUUUAGUUUACUUCGAUCUCUAUCCUGUCUGUAAGACUGUAACACUGUCCUAGUGUUCUGAAUCUGAAUCAGUGAAAUGGAGUUUCUAAGUUCGAGA